AAAGUGAUGACAAUAGUUCACAAUGAAAUAGUUGCUUAUCCCAUUACGAAUUUGCUGUGCAAAGCAUGGAAAAUUCCUUAUGGAAAUGAUAUGAAUGUAUUUGCAAUAUUUCCUUUAAGUCAUGGAAUAUAAUUGUGUGCAUUAGAUACAUAUUUCUUUAAUAAUUUUUAUAUAUUGUUUUUUUGAUCAGCAAACAUUAAUUGUGCAUGAAAAAUGGAUGACAAUGGAUUUUUUGUUGUGGAAUUUAUCGAUGGAUUACAAAUAAUACCUAAAAAAUGGUUUAACGAAAAGGAGCAAUCAUGCAUUUGGCCUACUAAUUAUAAAACAAAGUUCCGUAUUAAUAAAGCCAUAAUGACAUGUGAAAUGCCACAAAAGCUAUCUGAUUGGGAAUGUUUACCAAUCAAAAGAGUUUUUGGCAAAGCAUCAGACACUUAUACAAAUGCUCUUGAAAAAUUAAUUCUUGCACAAGAUACAUCAAAUAUUGAUGAUACUGGUGUAUCAUCUGACGAAUUAAGACAACAAGCUAAAAAAAGAAGACGUAUCAAAACAAAAAAAACUAUAAACUCAUCUUCUUCAGACUUUUCAGAUAAAGAUUUAUGUAUGAAUGAUGAUAUCGAAAGACGUAAAAUACAACAUAAGGUUGUUACAGUUAAUAAAGUGCCUUCUUUUCCGGAAUUAAGACAUUUUGUACCAUCAAGUAGCAAAAUGAUUGACAAAUCUCUACAGAACAUUCAAAAUGUAUCAAACAAAAAAGCUUCUGUUAAUAUAAUGAACAUUACUGAUAUUAAUAGAACAAAUAUAAACGAUAGAGAAGAAUCUUUCGUAGAAGAACAUAUUAGGAUCAAUGAGAGAGAAAAUAUUUAUGACGCUGGUAGAAAAGCCGCAAAUCCCGCGUUCGCGGUGGACGCGGUGGACGCGGAGGACGAGGUGGACGCGGAGGACGCGAUGGAAUAA